AUGAAUCAGCGGUGGCAGCAACAGCAGCAGCAUAAGCAACAAGUAGAGCAAAGCGAAUACCUGACUGCGGAGAGUUGCAAAGAUGACUCCGUAAGUUUAACAUCGCCUCCAGCAGAACCAGCAUCGAGUGCUGCGGAAGCUGAUAAUGCGAUUGACACCAACUGGAGCUGCAGCCCCACACUGGAGUCCGCGCUGCGUCCGGCCCCUCCUUUCUGCCCUUCUCCCCCAUACCCGUUGCUCCCCCCUUUUAGCGCGGAUGCGUUUGCCGUUUCUUCCUCUGUCUCGGCUCUGUGGGCUGAGGCCAGCGAGAGGCCGUCUGUACUCGAGCUCCUUCUGCAGCUGCUGCAGCAAAUCAGCAGCAAUGAAACCAGCGAACUGCACAAACAUCUAGUCAGACAGUCCAUAAUUUCCCCACACGAGCAGCCCCAACGUGCUGGCAUUGCCGUUGCACCCGCGACCAGCAACACCAGCAGCAAGCAAGAGGAAUGGCUGACAGGGAUUGCAGCAGCAACUGCAGCUGCUGCCACCCCUGGGGUGUAUGUACACCCUCCAGAUGGGGCACUUUCCCUGGAAGCCGCUGAUUUAUGUUCGACAAAGUGUUCAUCAGAGCAUCAAGAGCUGCAGAAGGUGCUGCAACAAAUGGCCCUUGCAGCUGCGGCUGCAUUCGAGGUUUUGGAUAUGCAGCCGCCGGCUGCACCGACAGCAGCAGGCGCAGCAACUCCAGAGAUGGCAGGACCAGCUGCAGGACAAACAUCAGCAGAGGCUACACUGACGAAAUCAACGAGAGAGACCCGCCGACAGCAGGGUGUUACCGCCUUGGACGAUGCACAGAGCACCCGAUAUGGGAGGGUUUAUGACGUCACCGGUACCAGUUCCAGCGAUAGCAACAGCAGUGGCUCUAGAGAAGAGAAUAUGGGAGGGAACUGUGGGAGCAAUAGUGUCUACAGGAGGGCAGCAGCACCCGGUUUUCCCCCUUUUCGCUCGUAUGCGGAGGUGUACAGACAGUGGAAGCUCUUCCAACAACAGCUUUUUCCUGCAGGUACUAUUCUUCAUUCUGUCCUGCUUACGCUUCAGCAGCUUCCGGCACUGCUUCCUCUGCUUCGGGCGGCUGGAGGAGCAGCCCUAAGCGACAGAUGUUUCUUUGAUGGUCUUUGCUCCCUGAUUGGAAUGAAAGAGGGACUUUUUGAUGCAAUUUACAAGAGGUUUGCUUCUAUGAAGGCAGUUUAUCCGGAGUCGGUCUUGCCUUCAGAGACCGGUCUCGGUUUCCUACAGAGAGAUGCGGGAGGCGCCCUAGAGGAGGAGAUGGGAGUCAUUCAUUUUUGCUGUUGUACAAACGACAGAAGAGCUUCCUCUCUGACAAAAUUGAUUUCGGCGAAAAAUAUUUUUUCGCGGCAGCUGCCCAAAAUGCCAAGGGACUAUAUUGCUCGACUGGUGCUUGACAGGAGUCAUUUUACGUUCUGCCUCUGCAAAAAAGAUCGCGUCGUUGGAGGCGUUUGUUUCAGACCUUACUUCCAACAGGUGACAUACCACAACGGAAAAAAGAUCGCGUCGUUGGAGGCGUUUGUUUCAGACCUUACUUCCAACAGGUGA